AUGUCUAUCCAUGUUGGGGCGGAAGCCAUACCACCCCAACCCACAGAACCACUCCCACCCCAACCCUCCAACAACAACCGGCUCCUCAUCAUCCAAGGCAACGGAGGCGUGCUAGGCCACCAAUUUUCCGUACCCGUGUCCUUCUUUUUGGGAUGCCUGAUGAUGUUGUGUUGCGCAGAUACAGACUGCCACCUCAUCUAAUCCUAGACACUCUCUCCAUAAUCGAGAGUGAUCUAGAACAAUCCAUUAGGUCUCCUACAGCAAUCCCAGCAUUGACACAAUUCCUUGCUGUGUUACAUUUUGUGGCCACUGGUUCAUACCAGCAUGUGGUGGGAGACCUGGUUGGCAUGUCGCAGGGCCAGUUCAGUAAGGUCCUUCGGCGUGUCAGCCAGGCUUUCAUUAAGCGAGUUAAGCAAUUUAUUGCUAUGCCUUUGGAUGUUGGUGCCCUAGAUGUGGUGAAGCGGCAAUUUGAGGAAGGUGGUAGUCGCUUCCCACAUGUUAUUGGGGUUGUGGAUGGCACACAUGUAGCUAUUGUACCACCAAGACAUAAUGAAGAAAUUUAUCGAAACAGGAAACUGUUUCAUUCUCUGAAUGUAAUGGUUGUUUGUGGGCCAUCCCUCCAGAUCCUGUCCCUGAAUGCUAAGUUCCCGGGGAACUCCCAUGAUGCCCAUGUCAUUAGACAAUCAGGGAUAUGGCAGAGAUUAAGAGCGAUGGAAGGACAAGACAUGUGGUUAUUGGGAGACCGUGGAUAUCCUUGCACCCCCUGGCUCAUGACUCCUUACAGUAAGUCAAGGCCAGGACCACAGACGGCAUUUAACUCCGCGCUUACUGCCACUAGACAGCUGGUGGAGCGCACGAUUGGUGUCCUUAAAGGCCGCUUUCGUGUGCUCCACCGCACUGGUGGUGACAUCAUGUAUUCGCCGGAGAUGGUAAGUAAAAUUGUGGUCCUGUGCGCUAUCCUACAUAACAUCGCUGUAAGGAGUCGCAUGGAGCUUCCUCAAACAGAGGAAUUGCCUGAUGAGGAGCCAAGGGUUGGUUGGAGAGCCGGUGGGGGGAGUGUUUCCCGGAGGGGGAAUCAAGUCAGGACACGCAUUGUUCAAGAUUAUUUCAGGUAAAGAUUUAAAAAAUAUAUUUUUUAAUUUUUUAACAAAGUCACUGUAUGUUUAUGUUCAGUUUGCUCUGAUGUCUUUUGGGUAGAUAUUGUAAGCUCAUAGUGUAAAUGUUUUGGUGUGUGUGAAUAUAUUAUUAGUUGUUUCAGUAAAUAUUAUAACAUGUUAACCUUAUUUUUUUUAUUUUAAAUUUCCCAAAAAUAUUUACGUGGCAAAAUUGGUGUAAUUACUGUUUUUUUUUCUUUUCAUAAUCCUGUUUUCAAAACAAAAUACACAACAUAUGAUACUAAAUGUUGUAAACUUUGUGCCUGUGCAGCUGAUUAUUCCAGGCAAAUGUGGACCACCACAACGGCAAGCUGCUGCAGGGAGUCCAGACUAGUCCCCUUCUCAGCCCCCCUCCCCUUCCCAGUCCCCUUCCCAGUCCCCCUCCCCUUCCCAGUCCCCCUCCCCUUCCCAGUCCGCUUCUCAGCCCCCCUCCCCUUCCCAGUCCCCUUCUCAGCCCCCCUCCCCUUCUUCUCAGCCCCCUUCUCCUUCUCCUUCUCAGCCCCCUCCUCCUUCUCCUUCUCAGCCCCCUUCUCCUUCUCCUUCUCAGGCUCCUUCUCCUUCUCAGCCCCCUUCUCCUUCUCCUUCCCCUUCUGUGUCCCCUUCUCCUUCUCAGCCCCCUUCUCCUUCUCCUUCUCAGCCCCCUUCUCCUUCUCCUUCCCCUUCUGUGUCCCCUUCUCCUUCCCAGUCCCCUUCUCCUUCUCCUUCCGAGUCCCCUUCUCAGCCCCCCUCACCCUCUAUUGGCCAAACACUCUCUCCGCCCCCCUCGCCCUCUCAAUCAGACCCACCCUCUGAAAUAACGUCCCAAAUCCCUCCUCCUUCCCCCAUCCAGCCUCCUUCCCCCAUCCAGCCUCCUUCCCCAAUCCCUCCUCCUUCCCCCAUCCAUCCUCCUUCCCCCAUCCAGCCGCCUUCCCCCAUCCAGCCGCCUUCCCCACCCAGUGAAUGGGCAGAAGAAGCACCUGAUCACAUUUCGGGGAGUCCUCAUGUGGCAGAAGAAAAUGCUGCAGUUGGAGAUCCCAACAGUUUUCCGGCAAUUUUCCGGCGCAUAAAAGGCCAUUUGAGGGCAGUAAUUGCCGAUAUAGAGGCAAUGGAGACAUUGUUUUAAUUGUUUAAUUUUUAUUGGGUUAACAGAUUUAUAUCUGAAA